AUGCCCCUUUACGAGACUCAGUGGGAAGAGUAUUUGAAAGAAAAGAAGACACAGGUCGGAGGAAGAAUAUUUGAGCACACAGAGAAGCACCUUGUGCUUCAAGAUGGCGGCCGGACGUACAUGGGUGGGAUAGAAGAGCUUAUUAGGUUUGCCGAGGCCACGGUUGCCCCUCCAUUCGAUAGGAGCGAAGGCGACAAUACGGAUUGGGUUGCAAUAGCGCAACAGCAAUGCGAGAAACACCUCACUAGCAGCCAGUGCCCAUUGGUAUUCAUGGAUAUCUCCCUAGAUCCAUCCGCUCGACCACAGAGAGUUGUGUUCCAGUUGUACAGCCAAGACUGCCCCACCACGUGCGAGAACUUCCGGGCCCUCUGCACGGGCGAGAAAGGAAUGUCGUCAAACGGGAAAAAGCUUAACUACAAGGGGAGCCCCUUCCACCGCGUGGUACGAGACGGAUGGGUGCAGGGAGGGGACAUAGUGUCAGGGACCGGGGACGGCGGCUGGUCGAUCUACGGAGAAGUCUUCGGCGACGAAUCCUUCGCGAUCAAGCUGAACGAGACCGGAGUCCUGGCCAUGGCAAACGACGGUCCGCACACGAACGGUUCCCAGUUCCUAGUCACCCUCGCGCCCCAGCCGUGGUUGAACCACAAAGUGGUCGGGUUUGGCAGGGUCAUCAAGGGCCUGAAAGUGCUGCGAGAGAUGAGUGAGGGGGAAACCCUUAACCAACGCCCGGUGAUGGAGUGCAAGGUCCACAAGUGCGGGCAGAUCACUCCCGAAGACUUCGCCAAACUUACCUGCAAGUAG